AUGAGAGAAUUGACACCAGAGAUGGAAAAUAUGAUACCAACAAUUAUACUAUGUAUCUUCAUAACUUGCCUAUGCACAGCAUGCAUCAUACAAUUCUCUGGCUUUCGACAUGAAGAAAAGAAGUUUAAACAAAUCAUGGUGGCAGUACUUAUUGUAAUAUUUUCACGUUUCAUUGUAUGGGAACAUUUGGAGUUUGCGCUCUUUGCCUUAUACAAGAGUCGAAAAGGCAGGAAUAAACCACCAGAGGUCCCAAAGGCACCAAAAACUAAGGAGCACAUAAAUUUUAGUACUUUGGACUAUUUGAAGGUACGUUUGGAAAGUGCCAAAGAAAAUUUGCAAUUAGAUGCCAAACAUAAAGAUGAGAAUCUUAAUAUCGAAUACCGCUUAUUGACCAAAGACCUAUGGCUUUUUGGUAAAUAUUUCCUGCUCGUUCUGUUGUUGAUAGUUUAUUCUCGCAAUCCUUAUGGUUAUUACAAUACGAAAAUAUGGAAAACUCUGCUCGAGGAGAAUCGUCUCAGCCACUUUGGUUUGCCCCAAAUGAUGACAAUCGAGGAUUUGUAUCAAGUCAUAAAUGGUAGCUUUACUCACUGCCUUAACCAGGGUUCCGGUUGUGAUGGCUUACGAUUAACCGAAAGUGGUUGGACUGAUUUCGAAAUGGCUAAACUUUUGGGAGUGGUACGUUUACAGCAAAUUCGUUUGCUUACGAAGGAAAAUGGUAUGAAAACUCUGCAAUAUGACCAUAAAGACUAUAUGCCAGAAUGGAGAAGUAAAAAUCGCACCCUUUACUAUGUGGACAAAUACUGGAGAAUCUAUUAUCCCUGGCUGUGUAAAACUUACCAAGGUGUUCUCAAUUGGCUUAUGACUUUUAGCCACAUGGGAUCAUUGUAUUCCUAUAAAGAAAAUAAGGGCUAUGUUACUCUAUUGGCUAGAGAUCAAGGGAAUAGUGAAAAAAUUGUAAAAUUCUUGAAGGAUCAUAACUGGUUGGACUUAAGAACCGCAGCAGUUUUUAUAGAUUUUACUCUCUAUAGUGUGGAUGGCAAUAUGUUUACCCUAGUAUCGAUUUUGGUGGAACAAACGCCUUUUGGAAAUCUGAUAUGGCAACUCAAUUUGCAAUCUGUGGUGCUGCUAACGAACUUGGAUCAACUGACCUAUGGACAAUGGCUUUUGAUUGUGAUCUACACUCUGCAACUUUUGCAGUUUUGCAAAACUCUCGUUCUAAAAUGGUGGUUCAAUGUGAAAUUUUUCCAAGUACCCUGGAAUUAUGUGGAUCUUGGUAUAAUUUUUCUAAAUUUGCUUAUAUUCAGUUUGCUAAUUUUACGCGAAAACUCAGUGAGAGAUGUAUUGGCCACACUGGAAUCAUCCAACAAAUUGAAUGAUAUAGAUUUUCGUUUGGCCAGCUGGUGGGAUUACUGGGCCACCAUCUCGAUGGGAUUUCUGGUGGCCCUAACCACUCUACGUCUGUGGAAAAUUUUACAGUUCGCCAGCGUUUUUCGUCUAUUCACCAGGACUUUGUAUACCGCCGCAGGCAGUUUGGCAAUCACCAUUUUGUCCAUUCACAUAUUUCUCUUUGCCAUGGGUUUGGCUGCCCAAAUUGUCAAUGGCAGUCAAACGGAAAUAUUUUCACGUUAUCUCAAAAGUUUGACCUCGAUUAUGAGUUUCUCAUUUGGCUUUAAUUCUCACACCAGGCCAGAGGAUUUAUCUCAUGGAGGCAAUGUUUUGGGGUUCAUUCUCUAUUUGGUGCUGAUGUUUGUAGUUGCCAUAUUUUUGAUAAAUAUGUUCAUAACCUUAAUUUGUGAUAAUUUUGCCGAAGCACGCAACGAAAGGGAUAAACAAACUGGGGGUCGUUUAAGCUAUUUGGAAUUUUUGCAACAAGAAUAUGAAUAUCUAUGGGAUUAUAUAAAACCUAUAUUUGAUUUAAGAUUUCGAAGCAAAUCGAAGGUUACCAUUGACGAAAAUUUGGCUGAAAAUUAUAAGAUUAAAAUCAAAGGCCAAAGAAAUGAUUUAUCUGAGGUAGAACAUUCAUCAAUUGAAGCUGAUUUGAUAAGGUCCAAGCGAAUCGAGCAAGUUGUUGAAAUUUUACAUUUACAAAUGGAGAUUUUACGACGUCAAACUAUGUUGGAUUAUUUAGAAUAUGAAUCAGAGGACGAAUGAGAAUGUCAAUUAAAGAAUUUGAAAAUGGUUAUGAAUAAAACAUAAAAAUUGCUUAUUUUUAUAUUAUACUA